UAUUCUGUAAAUUCACCUGUGAAGCUGAUGGUGGAGUCAUCUUCCUCUCGAGGCAGGGGGGCUGAGGAAGGUAGACCACCUCCACGCAUCGCAGAUGUUAUAGACAGCCAGGAGAACAUAAUGCAAGGCAUGUUCUCCCAAACUGGAACGACGCAGGGAGAGAAAGGCCAAUUGCACAGCAGCCAGGACCACGAGGUGCCAGAGUCAUGUGAUAAGACCAGUACCCAGCCAUGUGGCACUAAGCUCCCAAAUGGACAUGCAGGCCAUGGUACACAUGAAGUAACUGAGCGGGACGAUCCAAAGUCAUCUCAUCCUGCAGGAAGCUACUUGAAUUCAGAAGAUAACUGUGUGAUUGCAAACGGAGAACUGUUGGCAGGCUCCAGAGGUGGUGCUUUGGAUGCCGUUGCUUCUGCGCCUCCACCUCAAGAUGCAGCUGAAGCCAGAACUACUCGCUCGGAAGACUGUUCAAAUGCCCAGAAUUCAGCGUUUAACGAUACCAGAAGUUGUUCUGAAGGUCUCUCUCUCAGGAUGUUUUCCUCCAGCACUUUCCUCAACACUGACUCUGCUCCUCUCAGUCCGGACGAUGACGAGACCUUUUCCACAUCAGACAGACCUGAUGACUCGAGCUUCACUGACGUGAGUCUGAAACCCAGGAACACUUAUGAGAUGAGUCGGCGUCAGAGCGCCCCAGACAACAUCCCUGGUGUGUUGAGUGUUGCUGUCGCAGAUCUGACUCUCAGCCAGAGGAAACACGGCAUCUCUGAGAUCUUCAGCAG